UGGUGUGAUUUGAGAGCUUUGUUAACGGCCGGUGAGCUGCGCGCAGGUUGAGGCGCUCCGCUGCGCCGUCGGCCUACACGGGACGGAAACGAAUCCGCAGCUUUGACCAGCCCAACGCCUUCCUGCGCACUCACAGCGACGACGACGCGUUUGCGGCGCUGGAAAGGGGGAUUUAAGGGCAACGGCCUGCGAAGCGAUACACGUUAAAAGACCUGAAUAAUGUUUCCUGUUCUUCCAAGAUGGAAAAAUACGACAGCAUGGGUGAGGCUCCAGUGAGAGAAGAUGGUACGGUGACAAGAUCAGCAGAGUAUGUGGGCUCAUUUCCUGUGGAUGACCGCUGUUUGGAUGACCAGAUAGAGCAGCUGCACGCUCAGCUGAAGUUCCUUAAAACAUGCAGGAAAAGACGGCCUGUAUCCCUAAAAUUCUCCAUCAAAGGUGUGAAAAUGUACAAUGAGGAUGAAACGACCCUCCUGAUGGCUCACGCCCUGCGUAGGGUCUCUCUGUCCACCGCCCGGCCCAUCGAUGCCCAAUUUGCCUUCGUCUCCCACAACCCGGGCAGCACCGAUGCCCAGUUGUACUGCCACGUCUUUCGAGCUAGGCAUUCCAGAGCGGCCCAGUUCCUGAACAUGCUGCUGUGCCGCUGUUUCCAGCUGUCUUACUUAGAGAAGCACCCAGAGGAGGCCCAGGACGACUCCGUAGGCUCUAUGCCUCGUCGCAACCCUUCACUGCUCAACCACGGUUUCCCUCUCAGUGUCAGUGCCCUGGUGUCCUUCAGGAGGGCCCCUUUUCAAGGGUUGUUGCCAGGCACUAAGAAAAAUCAGAAGUCUUCCGACGACCCACACAGCAGCCAAGAUGAAGUCUUCCCCACCUCCUCCCCCUCCCUGGUUCGCAAGAAAGCCAUCCGCACCAAAGCCCUGCGCUCUGGGGCUUACCGCUCCUUCACUUUUACGCCGCUCAAACAGCGCAAUGUUCAGGAGCGACUGAACGCGACACAAGAAAAGGCGGAAGACAAGACACCGGUGAGGAGGUCCCGCGCUCCAAGCCUGGCCGAAACAGAAGAAGCACUGGCUCAAGCAGUGUGGUGUUGGGCUGGUAUCGCAACUGACAGCAGCUAUUCACUGCUGGCAGAUGACGUUCUGGGUUCGUACCUCCUGUGCCCCCAUCCUAAAAAACCUAAGUGUGGCUCUCUCAUCCUUCGCUCCCCCUCUGGCCUGAUGACCUACCUUAUAGAAAACACUCGUAAAGGGAAAUUCCUGCUGGAGAAAUGCAAGACUGAGUUCAGCUCCAUAGCAGAACUCAUUGAGUACUACACAGAGACCCAGGAUGAGCUGCCAAGCUUGCUGAGCUGUGCCCGUGUAAACCACUGUUACGAGUGGGAGGAAAAUACCAGCAAACAGCAGUCUGUAAAACAACACAAGAGCCUGAACAAAGCCCAAAUUAAAAGUAGCUCCAAGAAGAGAUGGUUCUAAACCCUGGACACUGGAACAUGUGGUUUGCCAACGUCUGAGGAUCCAAAUUAAGUGACACCUUUCCUUUUUUUUCUCUUUUGCACAUAUAUCAUCUCUUACUUCAAAAUCACAUUUGGUGUUGUGGAGAGGCUUCUCAAACUGUAAAACAUAAGGCACCUUUUAACAGCGUUGGCACUUAAUGUAUAUAAUCAUUUUAUGAAAAAGUACUUAUUUGUCAAGGAUGUAAUAUUUUGUGCUUGCUGCUUUUAUGUCUAAGUAUAUUUUUUAAAAGUAUUUUUAUAUGUUGCUAUAGGGCAUCAGAGGAGUUUGUUAGUGUUUUUUAUGGUGUGAAAUUAAUAACCUCAAACUGGAGUGGACCUUGUCAGAUUGUUGCCCCUGAUGGCAGCUAAAGCCAUAACUGUUUUUCUUCUUCUUCUUUUUUUUUUUUUUCUUGCAUUGCGAAGAUGUUAUGCAAAUAUAUCUGAUCAAAUUUUAUUGUUUCAUUGAACUUUAAUCUUGCUUACAUGUUGUUAUUCUUUCUGUGUUUAGUCAUUAAACCUGGAGGUUAUGAAAGUAGUAAUGUUAUACGGUGAACUUCUGAUAUAAGAAAGCACGACCAUGACAUCAGUUAUUUUUUGUAUUUUCCGACCUCAGAGUGUAUUAGUGCACUUAUAUCACAGUCACUAAGAGGGGAAAAAAGUAGGGUGUGUUCGAAUUUUUUAUGUUUGUUUUACUGGUAAUUUUAACCGGUAAUGUUGUGUACACUUUAAUAUACCUUUUGAACUGA